AGCAGUCUCUCCCGGAACAGGGCUCUGUGCUGCCUUUGUUUCAUCUGAUCUCCUAGCUGAAUAAGAGAUGGUCAUUUAUCCUCAGUGCUCCCGGUUCCUGCUGGAUUUCUAUUUCUGAGAGAGAAACUGACCAGGAGAAGGAAAAAGGUGGAAGCUGAUUUUGGACAGUGUUGUUCAGUGUGUGUUUACAGGCAGGACUGACUUACUCAGCAAAUCCUGCUCUGAUGAGCUCCAGCCAAUGAAGUGCUUAUAUCCCGGCUUGCUUGGGGGCUUCUGAGUUUGAGCUGCAUGCAGAAAUGUAAGCAGCUCUUCCUGGUGCUGAUGGCAAAAUGGGGUCCACGGCCAGUUCUUCCUCAGGCUUCCUGGCUUUGCAGAUCUGGGAGAGAUCCUACAUAAACCUAUCGGUGAUGUAGCCUGCCUGGAAAGCCAAAAGAAUCCUCAUGGAUUCAGGAAACUGGUUUUUGAUUUAGAAUUAUUUUUUUUUUCUGGAAGAUGAAAUGCUUUUCUCGUUACCUGCCUUACAUCUUCCGACCUCCGAACACCAUCCUCUCUUCCAGCUGCCACACAGAAGCUGACAUUAUCUCUACGGUAGAAUUCAACCACACGGGAGAAUUACUAGCGACAGGGGACAAGGGGGGUCGGGUUGUAAUAUUUCAACGAGAGCAGGAGAGUAAAAAUCAGCUUCAUCGAAGGGGUGAAUACAAUGUUUACAGCACAUUCCAGAGCCAUGAGCCCGAGUUCGAUUACCUGAAGAGUUUGGAGAUUGAAGAAAAGAUUAAUAAGAUCAGAUGGCUUCCACAGCAGAAUGCAGCCUACUUUCUCCUUUCUACUAAUGAUAAAACUGUGAAGCUCUGGAAAGUCAGUGAGAGAGAUAAGAGACCAGAAGGCUACAAUCUGAAAGAUGAAGAUGGCCGGCUCCGGGAUCCUGCCACCAUCACAACGCUACGGGUUCCUGUGCUGAGACCCAUGGACCUGAUGGUGGAGGCCACACCCAGAAGAGUAUUUGCCAAUGCACACACGUAUCACAUCAACUCCAUAUCAGUCAACAGUGAUUAUGAGACCUACAUGUCAGCAGAUGACCUAAGGAUAAACUUAUGGAACUUUGAAAUAACCAAUCAAAGUUUUAAUAUCGUGGACAUCAAGCCAGCCAACAUGGAGGAGCUCACGGAGGUCAUUACGGCAGCAGAAUUCCACCCACUCCACUGCAACACCUUUGUAUACAGCAGCAGUAAAGGGACAAUCCGACUGUGUGACAUGAGGGCAUCAGCCCUUUGUGACAGGCACACGAAAUUUUUUGAGGAGCCAGAAGAUCCAAGCAACAGGUCAUUUUUUUCUGAAAUCAUCUCUUCAAUUUCUGAUGUGAAGUUCAGUCAUAGUGGAAGGUAUAUUAUGACCAGGGAUUAUCUGACCGUCAAAGUCUGGGACCUCAACAUGGAAAAUCGGCCCAUUGAGACUUACCAGGUUCAUGACUACCUCCGUAGCAAGUUGUGUUCUCUCUAUGAAAAUGAUUGCAUCUUUGAUAAAUUUGAGUGUGUGUGGAAUGGGUCAGACAGCGUCAUCAUGACUGGGUCCUACAACAACUUCUUCAGGAUGUUUGACCGAAAUACCAAGCGUGAUGUCACCCUGGAGGCUUCCAGGGAAAACAGCAAGCCCAGAGCCAUCUUAAAACCCCGCAAAGUAUGCGUAGGUGGCAAACGGAGAAAAGAUGAGAUCAGCGUGGACAGUCUGGACUUUAGCAAAAAGAUCUUACAUACAGCUUGGCAUCCUUCAGAAAAUAUUAUAGCAGUGGCGGCUACAAAUAACCUAUAUAUAUUCCAGGAUAAGGUUAACUAGGAGGACAAGUUAUACUUAAUAAGCUCACAUACUGAAUACUAGUCAAACAAGUUUUUAAAUGUUUCUUUGGGUUUUCAUUUUAUUCAUUGACUUUAAUUUUCCUAUGCAGGAAACAAUUGGAAUAGAAGAAAAACAGUCCAAAGGCCCCCAGCUCCCCCAAUUUUAAGAAACUGUGUUGGCAAAUCCAACAAAUAGAUUCAGAAUACUUUUGUUUAGAAUCGAGAGCUGCCAGGUAACCAGGACCCUUUCAUAGUUGACUUGAAUUUCUGAUGCUUUUAUUACCCAGUUCUCUCUGGUGAGUCCAGUGUUUUGUUUCUAGGUGUCUGCUGAGGUGAAAUGAGAUUGUCUGUAGUAUUUAAGGGGGGAGGGGGAAGAUAAGAUUUUUUUUUAAUUAAACAAUUCCAUUUGAUUGAAAAAUAAACACUGUUUACUCUACUUUUGGAUAAAAAUCUGUUUGCUUCCUAGAAAACCAGACUUGCUUUUCCCCUUCAUUUUAAAAAAAUUCUCUAUGUUGUUGCUGUUUCAAAUAAUUUUUUACCUCUUUUGAGGCUGUAAAGGCAGAAAUCCAGGGCCAAGGUUAGAGCCUGGUUAAAAGUUGUACGCGUACCACAGCUUGCUACAUUUCUCUGUUACAACCCCAGGCAGAGAAUUUGGCUCUAGACACACUUCUGUGUUUGAAUGAAUUUGUAGAAGACUUUUAAUCAGAGCUUCUAAAGUCUGCCAUCACAAAUGUAGAUGGGCCUGGACUCCAAUCUCUAUUUUCUUUCAUUUUACUUUUCUCUUUGUUUGCUUUAAGUAUUUAUUUAAUUCAUGUACAUAUUCAUUAAUUUGAUGAAAACCUAAAGACAGAAGAAGUUGUUACUUAUAUUUUGACAUUCCAAAUGAGGGAGUGCCCUUACCAGAGUCUCCCAAGUUGGAGACUGGCAUCCAGGAAUCUUUCUCAUCCCUUUUCUCCCCACUCCUCCCCCGCCAGAUAUUAUAGCCAACAAGGUAACAAAGCAAAUGCCAUUUUCUGAAAGUUAAUUGCAAGUUGCAACGCUCCCAAAAGCUCACCCUUUUCAUUUCCAAGGUGAAAACCCAUGAGGUUGGGUGACUUCUCCUGGUGUGAAAAUUGUACGCGGAAGGGAAGGUCUGUGAAAUUCACUAGAGCCCGCUGAGGCUCAGUCUAAUCCUUUAACGCUUCCUCCCCGGUUGGGGUUUCUGACUGGUGACACUUCCUGAGAAAUGUCAAUGAUAUCCCCCUAACGUACCUCAGGGAGUAAGACUCAAUGAAUGCAAAGGAUUUCUGGCUUCUGGGAGAGUUCCCACAAACAAACCAGGGCCUGGAUUUCACAUCAUAGUAGCUGCAAUUUCUGCUCAGGUGCUGGCCACUCACUCAACCUUUCAUAGCCCGUCUAACCUGCCACCUGCGGAAAGGAAGGUGGCUCAGGACAGAAUUCACGGGCAGCCGUCUUUAAAGACAGGGUUUCCUUGGUUUGUGGCUUUAUGUAGAGCCAGAAAAAAUCACAACUUUCAGGGUUGACGUUGGAGGGAGUGUUGCCAGGGCUGGGGAAGAAGGGGAAACGGCAGAAGUGCAUCCUAUUUUCCCAGUGUGUUUUUUGUUUUCCCUUGUACCAAAAGCCUGUUCUGUAUCACCCCAAGUAAAAUUCUCUCAGUUAUC